UAUUAAUGGGGUGCUGAAACUCUGUCCCGAAAGAGCUGUUGUGCUCUGAUACACCUUUCUUCCAAAUCAGGAUUAACUCUAAAAUAUGGAAUAAAGAGUCCCAUGGUCUGUUUGACUAUGAAAACCAAAGUUUUCAAGAGGUUACUAUUCAGCAGAGCGGUAAUUUCUUCAUUUAUGGAGCUGAUUCGAAAGUAUUCCCGAUGAUUCCAAGCUCAGACAUGGAUGAUUCUGAGUCAAGCAGGCUGCUAUCCGUUGCUUAUAAAUAAAGGAAGAUACUGGAUUUAUCAUUAUAAGGAUUUUUCUACUUGAGAAUCUUUAAAGAAGCCUUCAGACCAACCAUGGAUUUCUUUAAAGCAUCUAAACCCCAUAAGCCACAGUGCUAGGUAUGAUGCUAACUAUGGGUACAAGCUAAAGCAAGGUGACAUCAUUAAGUUUGGCAGAGUGAGGUUCAGGAUCAGCAGAAUUAGCUCUGAUUCUACUCCAAGUCAUGAAUAUAGAGGUAUUCAGACAGAGAAUAAUCACCAGAUUGUAGAGUCAAACGAGAGCAAUAUUAUCGAUGACUCCAUGUACUUCGAGAAGCAGCUGAAGCUUGAAGAGCUCAACAACAUUAAUCUUUCAGGAGUUGAAAUCGAUAGCGGUGGGUAUAACGACCUGCGUAAUGAUAAUAAAUCAGAAAGCAAACAGAGUAAGGAUGCAUGAAGAAUUUGUCUCUCUUGAGAAGAGGAUCCUGAUGACCCACUCGUAACUAUCUGUAAAUGAUCUGGAACAAUGGGCCUGAUACAUCUUGAAUGAAUAAAGGGCUGGCUCGAUAGUAAAUUACAUAAAUAAAUUUGUUCCUCAUACAUUCUCAUAUAACUGGAAGAAUCUGAGAUGAGAGUUAUGAAAAGAAAGGCUGAAAGACCUCUACUAUAUUCACGGAAAGCCAGUGCACCUGCUGAACUAUAAGAGGCCUCAGGAAGGGACUUAUAUCACUCUUGAGUCCUUUACAAACACUCCUCAUAAGACCAUUCAUGUGAUUAACUUGCAAGAAAACCUAGAUGAUUAUAAUGAAGAAAUGGAAUUCACAAUAGGCAGGGACAACAAUGUUUGUAUCCGGAUCACCGACAUAAGUGUGUCUCGGAACCAUGCUGUUCUAACCUGAAAGAAUGGAGAGUUUUUCGUUAAAGACACAGAUAGCAAAUUUGGAACACUGGUACUCCUCCAAUCACCAUUCCCGAUAGAAUACCAUGAUAAGUGGGAUUUGUCUGUCCAGAUUGGCAAAAACCUUAUCACAAUUUCACCAGAAAUGCUAGAGAAAAAUAUUUGUGGAAGGAAUAAAUUUGAAAAAAUAUAUUCCUCAAAAGUAAAAACUUACAAUGAGUAUUCCUUCCUUUACCCAAAAGUGAUGAACAAAAAAUUUGGAAUCCCAGUUCCAGAAGAAAAGCCAGAAGAAAAGUCAGUUUCAAAGCCACAGAAGGACAUCAUCCCUGAAAUUUCUUCACAUAGGAUGAAAUCCAGAAAUAAUCUUUUGAUAAAUAAUCUAACUCCAGAAAAUGACACCGAAGAGGAAAAACUUAGGGAGAAUAUUCUUGGAAGGGGGACAAAUAUGCAAAGAAACCGACCUUCGAAGGACUCUACCAUAAUUCCCACAGCUAGAGCUGGUGACACUGAGAUCAGGAUGUCAGUCGAUAGAGAACAGCCUGCUCCAGAUUCUCAAAGGAACAACGUAAGGACGACUUCAAGGCUAGAAACGCCCACUAUUUCUUCUAACCGUAAGAAUAUGGAUAAUAAUAUUCGAGAAGAAAGCACGAGAUCUAGGCAUGAGACGCUCUAGAGUGUGUUAAUUCUACAAAAAUGAAUAAGAUAGUCCUCAAGAACGGCUGGUGAGAAUCCCAGAAGGAAGAGUCUAAGUACCCAAGGCGAUUCCACAGAGCCCAGAGCACAUCAGUCGAGCAUAUCUAUAAAGGCUCAAUGAAUUCUCGAUUAAGUUUGGAAAAUAAAUUUUUCCUCCCUAAAAUUCCUGAGAGCUCUUCAAAGCUUCGCUAUGAAGAUAGUGAAGAGUGUGAUGAAGAGCAUCAGCAAAAAAGCAAUGAAGACAAGAAGGAAAAGAAUAAUGAAGAAGAUAAGGAGCAGAACCAUGAAUUUGCCCAGAAAUUGAACCUCUCAGAGAUCCCUCUUGAAGAAAGCAAGGAACGGAUUAUCACUAGAGAGAAUCUUGAAGAUAUAGUAUCCUUAUCUCCCAAGGAGUCUCUGAUGAAUGAGAUCUUACCUCCUACUGGAUCUGGGCUUCGCAGAAGCAAGACUCGGAAUUGUCUUCAUAGAGGAAUUACUCUCAAGAAGCGACUAAUAUUUACUAGUAAGAAGGAGAAAGAUGAGUGAAACGGUAAUGAGCGAUUAAACUCAGAGGCUAAUCUUCUCACAGAACGGAAGCUUGCUGAGGAUGAAGACAAAGUCUCUAAAAAUAGUGAAGACCUUGAAUUCAAGAAUGAAGAUAACGAACAGUUAUUAAAAUAAUCUUUUUCAAUUA